AUGUCCCUUCCCUGGGCCUUCAUCUGCCCCUCCAGCCGCGGAAUAGGCUUCGCCCUGACCCGGCACCUCCUCCGCUCGACCACGAUCCCCAUCCUGGCCACGGCCCGCGGUGACACCUCGGCCACCAAGUCCAGCCUCCUGGCCGACCUGCCCGGCGCCCCGGACCUCGCACAGCGCCUCACAGUCGUCCCAUGCGACGUGACCGACGAGCCGUCCAUCGAGCGCGCGGCCCGCCUCGCCGCCGAGCUGUACCCCGCCAGGACGCACCACCUUCACCUCGCCUGCGCGGUCCCGGGGAUCCUCCACGCGGAGAAGAGCCCGCGGCAGAUCGACGCCUCAGACAGCCUCGAGACCUUCCGCGUCAACACGGUGGGUCCGCUGCUGCUCAUCAAGCACUUCUCCGAGUUCCUCCCCAGGCGGGCGACGCAGAUGGAGGAGCAGGAAGAAAAAGGGGACGCGACCCUCCCGCGCCACGCCGUCUGGCUGAGCAUGUCCGCCCGCGUCGGGUCCGUGACCGACAACAGGCUGGGCGGGUGGUACUCGUACCGGGCGAGCAAGUCGGCGGUGAUGAGCCUGACCAAGACUUUUGACAACUUCCUGCUGGCCCGGAGCGGCGAGAGGGCCGUGGCGGUCGCGUACCACCCGGGGACGGUCAGGACGGACUUCAGCCGCGAGUACUGGGACGGCGUCGAGGAUGGGAAGCUGUUCAGUCCCGAGUACGCGGCGGAGAGGAUGGUGAGCGUGGUGGGCGGGCUGGAGCUGGGGCAGAGGGGGAGGUGCUGGGACUGGAAGAAUGAUGAGGUGCCGCCUUAG